AUGGGAAUCGGCCAAUCCAUUGCUCCCUCUCCUCCCCCCCUCUUUCCCCCCUCCCUCUCCCUUCCACCCCUCUCCUUCCGCUCCCCCCUCCAUUUCCUCCCUCCGCUUCCCCACCCGCCCUUCACCCGUUGCCAACCUCCCAGAGCUUCCCCCGACAUGGCGGCAGCGCGUGCAGAGGCGCUGCUGCCGCGCGAGCGGAGCGAGUGUAACCUGCAGGGCGGGCACGAGCAGCACCUGCACCACCACCAUCACGGCUUCGGCGAUAAAACCAUCACGUUCUGGGGAUCUUGCGUUCUCAACUUCAAUAAUAUCACGGGACCAGCGGUCGUGGUUCUCCCGUUGCUAUACGCACAAGCGGGAUGGUUUUUGCCAACUGCCGGGCUCACGCUCAUGUGGCUGUUUUCGUCGUUCGCGGCCACGAUGAUGUGCGAGGCGCAGCAGCGAAUUCCGGGUAACAAGGGUUUCGCGAGGCGCUUCGAGUACUGCACGCUCGUGCGGCAUUAUUUCGGCGAUCGGUGGUACGCGCUCGCGCAGAUUGGGUUCAACGCGGGGCUGCUCGCGUCGAAUAUCGCGUCCAUGAUUGUUACAUCGCAGGUCCUAGACUCGGUGGUGUAUCGACUAGCAGGCACGUCGUUUGGCAUGGACUACAGCCAGUGGCCGCCCGCAUUUAUCGAAUCCCUUGCAACGGGGGGCGCGGGAGGGAAUGUGUGCGCUUGGGGGACAACCAGCAGCGGUGACUGCAACCGAUCAGUGAUCUCCCUGGGCUUUGUUCUCGCAAUGACAGUCUGCAUCCCCUUCGCCCGCCUCAACCUCGACGACAACAUGGGCUUCCAAUGGCUCUCAAUGCUCGCCCAGCUGCUCUUCUCCUUUGAGUUCGCCGCCCAGUUCCUCUCCAACCUCCUCCCUGGCUCACCCAACUACUGCCCUGGGAAUGGGCCAGGGAGAACACCCUUCCUCGGACUCGAUAUUAGCCAGGUGCUCGGGGUGUGCGUCUUUGCAUACUCGUACGUCAGCACCAUCCCCUCGUGGGCCAAUGAGAAGAAGCCAGGUGUCAAUGUCAACCGAGCCAUCUGGCUGCCUGCUUCUGUCGGAUGCGCCCUCAAUAUCCUACUUGGCCUGCUAGGAGCAUGGGCGUACAAGCUAGUGGACGACGCCGGCCACCCAUUCAAGGGCACAGACAACAUGCUCAACAUGCUGGAUGGGCAAGCCGAUGCCGCCACCGCGUGCGGCCAUCCCCAUGUGGCCCCAGCAACAGAGUUUUCAGUGUACAUGUGGGGCUUUUUCGGCUACAUCCCGGGGAUCCCCAUCCUGGCCAUCAUGGUCCGCUACAACCUGCAGUCUUCAGGCCUCUUCUCCGAUUCAGCCGCCUUCUUCUGGGCGGUUGUAGCGCCAUGGUUACUCACUGCAUUCUUCUACCAAGCCCAGGUUCUAGUGCAGUUCUGCAACUGGGUGGCCAUCAUCUGCCAGGGAUUCAUCAACCUCGUAAAAGCUGCCAGUAACACUUGGCCUCUGCAUCCCUAUGCAUCCCUCUGCAUCCCUCCACUCUCUCUCCCUCGCUCUCCCAUCUCCCCUUCCCCAACCCCAUUUCUUCAGGUGCUAGUCCAGUUCUGCAACUGGGUGGCCAUCAUCUGCCAGGGAUUCAUCAACCUCGUCGUCCCAACACUCCUCUUCCGUGCUGCCCUCGUCACCUACCCCACCCCCGAAGAGCUCGAGUCCCGGGGCUACCUCCUCGUCUCCUCCUCCCCUCCCUCCUCCACGCCCCUCUCCACCACUCCACACACCUCCACACCGCUCCGAAGCUCCUCCAGCGCCGAUAGAAGCCUUGUGGGGCUGAUUCAGAAUGUGAUUGCUGCUCUUUCUCCCAAGCACUCGCCGAAUUCGUCUGAAGGAGGAGCGGGAGUAAUGGAGAGUGAUAUGGAAGGGGCGGGUGCUUAUAAGCAGAUGCCGGAUGGCGCUGCUGGGGAGGUGGGGCGGGAGGGGGAUGUGAUUGUAGAGGGCGCUCGAGUGGUGGUGGAUUCGGAGAGUGACAGUGGGAGUGUGAGUGAGGAGGGGGGGGGGAGUGAGACAGAACCUCUUACUGCUGCUGCUGAUGCUGCUGCUGCUGCUGCUGCCGCUGCUGCUGCCACCCCCGCCACCACCACCACCACCGCCACCACUACCACUGCCACUGCAACUGCUGCUGCACCAGCCGUGGCUGUAGAGGUGGAUCGGAAUAGAGGAACAACACAACGGCAGGCAGCUAGCCGAACAACAGGAGCAGAUCCGGUGGCUCUGAUUGGUCCAGGUCAGAAGGUGGUGCUGGAGCCACCUGUACAGGCAGUGCCUACGUGGCUGCGUGUGGACCCGUUGGUAUUCGCCAGUGCGAUGACGUGGACAACAGGGCUACUGGUAGCUGUCAGCAUCGCCAUCACCCUCCUCUCCCCAUAA